CCGCCCCUGUCUUCACCCCAGGCUUCUCUGUCAUGGAGGGCAUGGACCUGGACCUGGACCUGGACCAGGAGCUCAUGCAGAAAUUCAGCUGCAUGGGCACAACAGAUAAAGACAUUUUAAUAUCGGAAUUUCAGAGGCUCCUUGGGUUCCAGCUGAACCCCGCCGGAUGCGCCUUCUUCUUGGACAUGACCAACUGGAACCUACAGGCUGCCAUAGGAGCUUACUAUGACUUUGAAAGCCCGAAUUUCAGCGCACCUUGCAUGUCCUUUGUGAAGGAUGUGACAAUCGGCGAGGGUGAAUCUGUUCCACCUGACACACCAUUUACAAAGACUUGGAGAAUACAGAACACAGGUGCAGAGUCAUGGCCGCCUGGGGUUUCUCUGAAGUAUGUGGGAGGUGAUCAGUUUGGUCACGUGAACAUGGUAAUGGUGCGCUCUUUAGACCCCCAGGAAAUGACUGAUGUCAGCGUGCAGAUGCAUAGCCCUGUCUCUCCUGGCAUGUACCAGGGUCAGUGGAGAAUGUGCACAGCUACAGGACUUUACUACGGAGAUGUCAUUUGGGUUAUCCUGAGCGUAGAGGUCGGAGGCCUCCUUGGAGUCACACAGCAGCUCUCCUCUUUCCAAGCCGAGUUCAACACCCAGCCUCACCGCAGCCUAGAAGGAGACUACAACCCCUUUGCCUCGCCACAGAAGAGCAAGUGUCCCAACAGUAACAACAACCACGUCCACAGCGACAGCAGCAGUAGUGUCACAGAGGAACAUUUGCAGGGAAACCCAAACCAGCUGCAGCAAGGCCAGAAUGGACUUUCACACAGCUCUGUGGAUAUAGUAGCAAACCGUCUCCAAAGCAGUCUAUCAGUAGUCCCUUGUAACCAGAUACAGGAGCCCUCUCCUUUUGGGCACUCUUAAUCCAAGGACUUAUCACUGUAUUGCAGCACUAAGUUGAACCUCUGGAAUUUCUCACACCUACAAACUUGGAGGCUUUAUUUUGGAGUGCGGCGGUCAAAACACUUUAUGCAAAGUCUAAUUACACUUAAACAAAACAAAAAAAAAAAACAGCCAGAGGCCAACGCUCCUGAUGUGCAGCUGAACCAACAUCCCACUGUAUGCACGUGUGAAUGCUAAGUUAAAAAAAACUGAGUGCUAUGAGUCAUGAGUGAUAAGUUUCUUUUACUUUAAAGAUUUCCUUUUUUUUUUUAGUUGACAAGGAUGCACAUGGACAAAGGUGAAAGUAGGGGGUGUUUGAGAGCCUUUUUGUGAAUAUGUGCGUGCAUUGAGCAGCCUGCAAAAGAGACAUUAAAGCCAUUAAUUUUGCCAACUGAUUCUACAGUUACUGCUCCUUUAGUUUGUUUCAAUGAAUUUUAGAUCCACUGGCCUGUAUAUCACUAAGGGGUAUGGUAAAGGCUACCCUGAAACACAGUUUCAGGUUAGAUUUCAGUCAGCGUAAUAUUUUUUACCACAUGAAUCUUGGAAAAUUGACAUUUUUUUUCUACCUUGUCACACUGCCUGGAUUUUAAAAAGCUACAAUUUUUUUAUUUUAUUUUUUUGCUUUAGUCAGUUAGGUUCUCAUAACUAACUAGAAAAGUAUAGAUUUGGAAAUAUGGAGUUAAAUCUGAUUGGAUUUAGUUUAUUCAUAUAUCUGUGGAAUCGGUGCUUUUAUUGUUAAAAUGGAAUAUCAUUAGAUAAAAUUCUCUGUGUUUUAUCCGGUCAUUGUGUGAGUUGGUGUUAAAUAGUAAGCCCUUAUUUCUUUUUCUCCAGAAUCAUCCACUUUAACCUUUCACCAAGCUUCAGACUGGCCCCGAAUUCACAGUGCUGAUGAAAAGCAAUAGAUGGGUACAUAAAGGGAGCAUUUUGGUAUUGAAAAGUUGUUUAUGAAUUAUAUGUUUCCAGGCUAAGUGAUAUUUUAAAGUAUCUAAUCAUGUGAGGCAUGAUUGGAUAGCAAAUGAUUAUUUAAAAACGAACCAGAGUAGCUUGAUUAUUGCUGUAAAGACCCACCCACUGAAUCCAAUUAUCAUUUAAGAAAUAUUAUGUGCCCACAUUAUACCAAACCAAAAUGUUUUAAUUUGUGUUUGACUUUUAUACAAUUAGGUUGAAUGUAUUUCAUGAAUGUAGACAGAAAUAAUCCGUUUGGCAAUGUUUUAUUUUACCCAAAGAAUCUGCAUUAUCUUUGACAUAAACUGGUAGUUUGAAGUGUUUCUUUUUUUUUUGUCCUGUCUUUUGUCUUUAUUAUAUUUUUGACAUUAUUCAUUGAGUUGUAUUGAACUAACUAGAGAUGCACCAAUGGCCUGGCUACAGGUAGGAUUUUGACCCUUUUUUUGUUAAUUGGCUCUGAUCGGUCUUUGGGCAUUAAAAUAAAAAAAUUUAAAAAAAUCAUUAAAUGCAUCAAACCCCCUGUCAUACUUUCUGCUUUUUGUUUCCAUGGUUUAGGAAGUCCUGUUUGCAGUAGGGUAAAUUAAACCUCGCGAUACACAUUUAAUUCUGUAGUGUAUGCAGGUUGAUCACCAGAUGACCCAUGUUUCCGAGGAUCUUUUGUCACGGAAAAAACGUUACAUCAGCAGCUCUCAAUGUGUAUCAUGUGUGCACCACUGCUACUGAACCAGCUAAAUAUUACAGCAAUGGCCUACUUUAUCCUAUCUGUGCCAAAGAUUUUCUUAGGAUGAUAGAAACUGACAUCUUGGUCUAGUUUCUGGUUCAUUUGGAUUGAUAUCAAACCACUUUUAGGCAAUCAGAGAAUUAAAAGUGAAUUUCCAGACAGGAAGUUGUCUAUUUAUUGUGAACAAUUUCAAAGUAUUCAUAGCAAAGCUAAUUAAGAUUUUCCUUGUACACAUGGACGACCCAGAAUUUUGGUUCACCAGAAGCCGUUUACCCAUAAAAUAUGUGGCAAGGUAGGAAACCGCUAUCAUAGGCUUGUAAUUCUGGGAUUUUCUAUUGGGUGUAAAAGUAUUUACCUCUGAUAAAAAUCUGCAACCUUUUUUUAAGUGCCAUGGUUGAUUAAAAUAGAAAUAAUAUGAAUGUAUUAGCAACAAAAAUCUAAUUGGUGCAUCUCUAGAACUCGCCAUUUCAUUACAAAUGAAUAACAACGGCAUGUCCUUUGGACAGUGUCACAGCUCAUUUACGCUCUUUUACAAAUUGUAUAAUCUAUGCACUGAGUCAUAUAACCUUUACAAAGUCUGUGUUAUUUUCCUUCAGAAUGACUGUGAAGUCAGAGAAAGGUUAUGAUCUCUGUGUUCAUACCAUCUAUGAUCAGAAUGGUGCCCUUUAGUUGAUGAAAGUGUAAAUCCCUGAGGUGCUGAACCACGAUAUGACAAUACCAGCCAAUACAGAAAUACAGCUCCAGUUGCAUUGAAGCGUUUCCUUCCAAUGACUUGUAAGAUAUGUUUCUUCUUCUUCCAAAUGUCAGUUUAUCAAGUUCUUUGUGUCUUGUUUUCUUUGUGUAACAUCUCUGAAGUUUCCAGUUAGCAGGAUGAAUCAGUUGGUAUUAAACUCAAGCAGCAGUGCAUGUAUGCAAAUGAUGAAGAGCAAAUAAGUGAAAGAUCCUUUUUAUUGUCUGAUGAAUGUUUCUGAAAUUAAAUUAUCACAGAAAUGAAUUACAU